CAAAACAGGGUCAGACCGAGAAGACAAAACUGGAAUCGCUGGAGAGCUUGGCAAAAAAUACAACAAGACAAUCUGGCAGGGAUGAAGUCGAAAUGAACCAGUGUAUAUAUAUGCUGAGGGACUGAUGAACAAAUGGAUUGCAGAUAAGGAGAGGGGCAGGGAAAACCAGGACCUGGUUGGAGUAUUUAAAGCAGUGCAGUUCACUACCAUGUUGUCUGGCCUUGAGAUGUCUCAGCUGUACAGUUUCGGUCUGCUCUGCUUCUUCAUUGGCGUAUCAUGUGCGGCUGAGGUCUGCUUUAAUGAUCUGGGCUGUUUUGAUGAUCUGCCUCCCUGGGGGGGCACUGCUCAGAGACCAGCAUCCAUCCUCCCCUGGAAUAAGGAGGAGAUUGGCAUUCGCUUCCUCCUUUUCACACAGAAGAACCGCUACUACCAGGAGAUCAAGGCUGAUAAAAGCAUCCAAGCAUCAAACUACAGUGGGAUUAAAAAGACUCGAUUAAUUAUUCCUGGUUAUCUGGAAAAAGGAGAUGAGGACUGGCCACAGGAGAUGUGUAAGGUUAUGGUGUCGUGGGAGAAUGUGAACUGCAUCGCUGUGGAGUGGAAGAAAGGUGUGAGGACUCAGUAUGCCCAGGCUGCCAAUAACGCCAGGGUGGUGGCUGCCCAAAUGGCAUCCAUGAUCAAAUUCCUCAUGGGCAACUAUAAGCAAAAGGCUGAUAAAUUCCAUAUUAUCGGACACAGCCUCGGAGCUCACGUUGCAGGAGACACUGGUAGCAGAAUCCCUGGCCUUGCACGCAUCACAGGACUGGAUCCAGCUGAACCUUACUUCCAGGACACUGACCCCUCUGUGCGUCUGGACACCAGCGACGCCAUCUUUGUUGAUGUUAUUCACACCGAUGGACUUCCUUUUAAUUCCAGACUUGGUCUGGGGAUGUCACAAUCUGUGGGCCACAUUGACUUCUACCCCAACGGAGGAGAGCUGAUGCCUGGCUGCUCCACUAACAAAGGCAAGCCCACUGACUUGGACGCCAUCUGGGAGGGUACCAUGAAGUUUGAUGUCUGCAACCAUGUCAGAGCGCACCAGUACUACAGUGAAAGCAUUGUUAAACCCCAAGGCUUUGUAGGAUUUCCCUGCUCUGAUAAGGACAGUUUUGCUGCCGGAAAGUGUUUCCCAUGUGCAGACAACAAAUGUCCUCUGAUGGGCCACCAUGCUGACAAGUUCACUGUGACUGAUGGCAUUGUGAACACCAAGUACUUCCUCAACACGGGCAGUUUAAAGCCCUUUGGCUGUUACAGCUACAAAGUUACAGCUACCCUGGAUGGUCCCAGCUGGCCCAAUCCAGGCUUCAUGUAUGUGGCACUCACAGGGGACAAUGACAGCACCAAAGAGUACCAGCUUCAUGUGGGUACAAUGAUGCCUGGACAGAACUACGAAGUGCUGAUUGAUGCUGAAGUCGAUGUAGGUGACGUGACAGCAGUGAACUUUCGAUGGAACAACCAUAUCUUUAACCCAUUGAAUCCCAAGUAUGGUGCAUCCAAAGUGGAGCUGCAGAGAGGAAAAGACAAGAAGAUAAUGUUCUUCUGUGGAACAGAAAACGUGGUGGAGAAUAAGAUCCAGUCUGUACUUCCAUGCCAAGCUUAACCAGCCACAAUCACCAUGUCAUUCAGGGUCUUUCAAUAAAAAAUUUGCAUU